UCGUAUAUAUGUGUAGAUCGUCGGCCCUGCAGGCGCAGCAGCAUUGUAGUUCAUGUACAUGAGAAACAAUUUUGGAGUGAAUGCUACGUGUGAUGAGUUGAUGCAUGAUGAGGGUUUCGAAAGGAUGCCAUGAUGUGUAAAGAAUAUGGAAUAUAAGCAGUGGAAGUACGGUGUGGCCUGGUCAUUGACUAAAACCUGGACACAAAACGAAAAGAAAGAGAGAGAAAGAGAGAUCAGCGAUGAGGGAGAUGAAUUUGGACGACAACUCCAACAAUCUGGUUCAAUCUCUGACAAACGGUGACUCUGAGAAGAUUUCAACAUCUAGAUUUUCUUCUCUUUUGGCUUCUAAAGAUCGUGAUUAUCUUCUCUCCUCGACUGAAGCUGAUCAGCAGGUGAGAAUUUCGGAUCUAGAGGGCAAGGUGAUUGGCCUUUACUUCUCAGCUAACUGGUAUACACCAUGUAGAAAUUUCAAUAAAGUAUUGAUUGAUGUCUAUGAGCAGCUGAAGAGCAAUGGGUCUAAUUUUGAGAUAGUAUUCGUGUCAUCUGAUGAAGACUUGGAUGCUUUCAACAGUUACCGUGAAAGUUUGCCAUGGCUUUCAAUUCCAUUUUCUGACUUGGAGACAAAGAAGGCCUUGAACCGAAAAUUUGAAGUUGAAGGCAUUCCUUGCUUAGUUAUUUUGCAGCCUGAAGAUAACAAAGAUGGUGCAACUUUGUAUGAGGGUGUAGAACUCAUUUACCGCUAUGGGAUUGAAGCCUUCCCAUUUACCAAAGAAAGGUUGGAGGAAUUGCAAAGGGAAGAGAAGAUGAAGCAUGAAAGUCAGACUGUGACCGAUUUAUUAACAAACCCUGGAAGAGACUAUAUUUUGGGUCAAACCAUAACUGGAAAGGUGCCAGUUGAUUCCUUGAUAGGUAAGACAGUUGGACUGUACUUCUCAGCGCAAUGGUGCUUUCCAUGUGCUAAGUUCACUCCCAAACUGAUAUCCAUCUACCAGAAAAUCAAGCAAACUUUGGAAGAAAAAGGUGGUGAGGAUUUCGAAAUUGUUUUUGUGUCGAAUGAUCGCGAUCAAAGCUCAUUUGACUCAUACUUUGGUACCAUGCCAUGGCUAGCGUUGCCUUUUGGAGACCCAACUGUUAGAACCCUUGCAAAGUACUUUGAUGUGCAAGGCAUUCCUUGUUUGAUAAUUAUAGGACCUGAUGGCAAAACUGUAACCAAGCAAGGUAGAAACCUUAUGAAUCUGUACCAGGAAAAUGCAUACCCCUUCACUGAUGCCAAAGUGGAGUUGCUAGAGAAAGAAAUGGAGGAGGCAGCUAAGAACUUACCAAGAUCUGUGUAUCAUGCUGCUCAUCGCCAUGAACUUACUUUGGUGUCAGAAGGAACUGGAGGAGGGCCCUAUAUAUGCUGCGAUUGUGAUGAGCAAGGAUCUGGUUGGGCUUACCAAUGUCUGGAAUGUGGGUACGAGGUGCACCCCAAGUGCGUGAGAGCUGUGGCCCCUGCAGGCUCAAUUGAAGGCAGGUGAUUGACAGCUGCUUGUGAGCUGUCCCUUAUGCUAAUGUUGCUAAUCGAGCUCCGAUUAAUGUGUUAAUCAGGAACUAUCAGACCUCCGUUUGUUAAUCUAUUAGCUAAUAACUGUCAUCUGGGUUUCUACUCGGAACAUUUAUUGUCGUUAAGCCAUGAACAUCACGUUUGACAGUAACAAGAACAUGUGUAUUUGAA